AUGGCACUGAAGGGGAGGUAUGACUCUGAGCCGGCCCUCAAUGGAGCAGCGCUCGCCGCGGGCCGGCCCGGACGGCUCCAGCGCCACCUGAGCGGCGAGUUCGACCAGCUGCGAGACUUCCCCAUCUUCGAGAGCAACUUCGUGCAGGUGACCCGCUUAGGAGAAGUCGCCAACAAGGUGACAAUGGGGGUGGCGGCUUCCAGCCCAGCCCUGGAACUCCCGGAUCUGCUGCUGCUGGCCGGACCCGCCAAGGACAAUGGACGCCUGCAGCUGCUCGGGCUGUUCCCCCUGCAGUUUGUGCAGCUCUUUGUCCACGAUGAAAGCCACUGGCAGCUGAAAGUCAAGUUCCGUACAGGCCGCGCCUUCUACCUGCAGCUGCGGGCCCCCCCGGAGACCCGAGACCGGGAGUUCGGCCAGUGGGUACGACUGCUGUACCGGCUGCACUUCCACUCGGCUGUGGGCGCCGUGCCCUUCACGCAGGCCUGCUCGGCGCCCGACUUCUGGGAGGAGUCGGAUGAGGAGAGUCUGACGGGGCAGGAGCUGGACACCAUGGAAGCCAGACUGGACCCACAGGUGUCGGAUCUGUGGGGGCUCUGA